UCAUAAAUUAACCGGUGAAAUAAACCACAGGUCACAAAGUCUGUCCCAACAUAUUUCAGGAUUGUUUCAAAUAUCGUGCUCUUUCUCAAUCCAGAUAUAAAAAUGACCAACAAAUCUCUUCAUGUGAACAUUGACAAGUGGAUAUUUGAAAAUGAGAGUUCUUUCCUUCCGCCUGUGUGCAACAAAUUAAUGUUCUUUUAUCAGUUGAAUAUUAUGUAUGUUGGUGGUCCAAACAUAAGGAAGGAUUAUCACAUUGAGGAGGGUGAAGAGCUCUUUUAUCAAGUUAAAGGUGACAUGGUUCUGAAAAUCAUAGAGAACGGCAAACACAGAGAUGUGCACAUCCGAGAGGGAGAGAUGUUUUUACUUCCAGCACGGAUUCCUCAUUCACCCCAGAGACAGGCACAUACAGUCGGGCUGGUAAUAGAGAGAAGACGACUCAAAUCAGAAACAGAUGGGCUCAGGUACUACGUGGAUAAUACUACUGAUGUCUUAUUUGAGCGCUGGUUUUACUGUGAGAACCUUGGAACCCAGCUUGUUCCUGUCAUACAAGAGUUUAUGGAUUCAAAACAGCAUAAAACAGGAAGACCUGACCCAGCUGAACCGAUCAUGCCGGCCCCAUUCCCAUUCAACGCCAUGAACGUUAUGACACCUUUCUGCUUCAGAGAAUGGGUGAAGAAGCAGAAGCCUGCACUGGCCAGCGGUCGGCCGGUGGAUAUGUUUGGAGCGCAGUUUGAAACCGAGACUCUGCUCUUUGGUCCUGGGACUUGUGAAUCUUCAAAGAGACGUACUGAUGGCUGGAUCUGGCAGCUGGAGGGGUCAUCCAAAGUCUUCAUGAAUGGCAAAGACUAUAACCUGUCUUUAGGAGACUGUCUUCUUAUCUUUGGAGAAACAGAGUAUCAGUGGAAACGGUCUCAGGAUUGUGUUGCUUUAUAUGUUGCUCAAGACCCAGAAAGGAAGCGACCUUUUUGAGAUUUAUCAAGACGAGAGAAGCUUUUGAGAUUAAUGUACAGUUCUUAUUGUAAACUCUUCACCAAUAUAACACAUUCAUAAUAAUAAUCAGUCACUUUUUAUUACAUUUAAACAAUAAAGAGAAGUGUACAUACAGCAUGAAUUAAAUAAAAGAUUACACAAUGUAUGCCAGGACAAUCUCCUAAGCUUGAUUAAACACUAUUAAAGCCACAUUACAAUUAUAAGUGUCACUAAGCAGAGAUACAAAACUCUCGAAAUGUUUCUUAUAAGAGCAAUUCAAUCAGAAUAAAUAAAUCUGAAAUUAGCUGUUAAGUUUCUUUAAACCCUAUUCAAUCACAUACAUUAGAAUAUUGUUACAUCUAGUCUAUUACUAAUACAUCAAUGCAAUCUUAAAGGUCUUAUAAGUGGGUUUCAGGUUGAAAUAGCAUGCACAAAAAUGUUCUUCAGUGAGAAAUCACAGCUCUCUCUGUAAGAGCCCUAGGCAUAAACACCUAACAAAUGUCAAAGGAGAAAAGCAUGCAUUUAAAUCCAAAAUGUUUCAUGAUUUCUGUGAUCAUCUGGAUCAUGUCGAGAUUCAGGGUCUAAUUAAGUGUCAAUGUCAGUGGAGGUUAGCAAGAUGGUUUAAAGCACUUACAGCAUCUUUAAAACUGUCUGACAGAAGACCUCAUACUACAAUGUAGCUCUAGUAGUGCACAUGUAUAAAAUAUAAAAUUAAUAAACUUAAGUGUUUCAUUUCAC